ACAUGAAUGAGCAUUUGAUGUCUGAGUAUCCUGGGACUCACAUCGAAAUGGAGGUAAAAUCUUGUAAUUGUGAGGAUAUGAAUCUACUUCCUGUAAAAAUUGAAGAAGCAAUAAGAAAGAUAGUCAAGAAAGAAGGAUAUACAAAUCAUAAUCUGAGCACUAAAUCCAUAUCUACUGACGGUGGUAAUUAUUUAGGAUUAUUGUAUGAAGUCAACGUUACAGGAUACACAGAAGAUGGCAAGAAAGAAACAAACAUAUUUGUUAAAUGUAUUAUUCCUGGAGAUCUUCUAAGCGUUUUGUCGGUCAUUGAUAUUUUCAAAACAGAAGUAUUUUUUUACAAUGAUUUAGCAGUGGUAUUUGAUGAAAUACAAAAUGAAGCUAAUGUGCCUGCAAAAGAGCGGUACAAUAUUGUUAAAUCAUUUCAAGAAAGUAUACCUGAAGCUAUAAUUCUUGAAAAUAUAUCAAAGAAAGGAUACAAGACGGGAUUCAGAAUGGAUGUGAUUUCCUUGAAGUUUGCGGAGUUGUCCAUUCAACAAUUGGGAAGACUGCACGGGCUAUCGUUUGCUUUAGAAAAGUUGAAACCAAAUUAUUUUAAUCGCAAAAUUAGAUCUUUGUCCGUCCCUUAUAAUUUCAACGAAGACUUCAAGGGUUUGAUUACAAAUUCUGGACAAGUAAUAUCGGAAUGUUUGGAUGAUGAUGUACGAGAAAGGUUUACUGCGUUCCUUGAAAAGUUAUGGCAUGAUGUACAAAGGUACUAUAAUGAUCAGAAAUAUAAAAGGACAAUAGUACACUGUGACUACAGGGCCAACAAUAUUUUAAUGAAAGAGAUUGGCGGUGAAAUCAUCGACGUGGUACCGGUAGACUACCAGUUUAUACACUACGGCUGUCCUCUGACAGACUUUAUUUACUUCAUCUUUCUGGGCACCGACCAAGAGUUUAGAAAAAAUCACCUGGAAGACCUCAAGGACCUUUACUUCGAUUCCAUUACGAAAAUGCUGAAAUAUUUCAAUAUAGAGGUUAAAUCUGUUUUUCCUACAGAAGAUUUUGAAGAUUUAUAUAGAGAAUUAAUAGGUUUAGGUUUAUUUAGUUUUGUGCAGGUUAUGCCUUUUAUUUUUGCAGUCGAAGGUGAAAUACCCGAAUUGGGUAAAGACCAAUUAGCUGAUGUAAAUGUUAAAUGUGACGAGCGAAUGAAAGAGAGGGCUCGAGGAGUAGUGGAUGAUUUUAUUCGGUGGGGUGUCAUGUAAUUUUUUAUAAACUUUU